AUGGAGAGAGAAGCAUUGGCAACAGAGGCUCGUUAUGCACCAGUGACUGCUGAGAGAAGGGUCCGGGACGACUUGGAAGUCUCACUUCCAAAGCCAUAUCUGGCCAGAGCAUUGGUUGCUCCUGAUACGUACUAUCCAACUGGAACACCUGGCCAUAGACACUAUAACAUGAGUGUUCUUCAGCAGCAUGCAGCUUUUUUUGACUUUGACGACAAUGGGAUCGUUUAUCCCUGGGAGACUUAUUCUGGACUACGUGCAAUUGGGUUCAACAUGAUUGCCUCUCUUAUUAUGGCCAUUAUUAUCAAUGGAGCGCUCAGUUAUGCUACUCUGCCGGGGUGGUUCCCUUCUCCUUUCUUUCCUAUACACAUUUACAACAUACACAGAGCCAAGCACGGAAGUGACUCAGGAACUUACGACAAAGAAGGAAGGUAUGUGCCGGUGAAUCUGGAAAACAUGUUCAGUAAAUAUGCUCGCACGGUGCCGGACAAGUUGACGCUUGGAGAGCUCUGGGACAUGACACAGGCGAAUCGAGAUGCAUUUGACAUCUUUGGAUGGGUUGCAUCAAAGAUGGAGUGGGGGAUUCUGUAUUUCCUCGCCAGGGACGAGGAAGGCAUGCUGUCUAAAGAAGCCGUGAGGCGCUGUUUCGAUGGGAGUUUGUUCGAGUACUGUGCCAAGAUGAAUGAGGACGGUGAGGCAAAGAUGAGCUGA